AUGGAAGCCCCUCCUCCAGGCCCUCCUCCCGGGGCACCGCCCCUGCCGACAGGAUGGAUAUCGCAGUGGAAUGAGCAGUACCAGCGGCCGUUCUACGUGAACACGCAAUCGGGUGUGUCGCAGUGGGAGUUCCCUGGCGGUCCCCCCGCCAUGUCGCCGCAGUCCAACAGCAGCCCCUACCCACCACAGCAGCAGCAGCAGGGCUACUUCCCUGGCCAGCAGCAGCAGCAGCAGCAGCAGCCGCAGUACGCAGGCACCCCCCAGGCGGACGAGCGCACUGGCGCCAGCGCGUACGGCGGGCCUCCACCGCAGCAUCACCAGCAGCAGCAGGCCUAUCCGGGCUUCCAGGACCCGGGCCAGCACUACCCCCAGCAGCAGCAGCAGCCGGCGUACGGUGGCCAGCAGCAGCCCAAUUACUACGGCGGCGGUGCUCCCCAGGCGCCUGCAGCUGAGGAGGAGAAGAAGGACAAGAAGGACAAGGAGAAGGGCAAAGACGAGGGAGGACUGUUCGGCAGGUUUUCGCAGCAGCUGACCAGUGCCGGCCUGCCUAUCGGCGCGGCAAUGGGGGCCUUUGGCGCCAAACCCCCCAAGGAGGGCAAAGAAGGCAAAGAAGGUAAAGAGGGUAAAGAGGGCAAGGAGGGCAAGGACGGGGAGAAGAAGGAUAAGAAGGACAAGAAGGACAAGGGCACGUGGGGUGCCGUGGCGGGCGGUGCCGGUCUGGGCGCGCUGGCCACGGGGGCCUUCUCCAUGGCGAAGAAGUACAGCAAGAAGAGCAAGAAGGACAAGGACAAGAAGAAGGACAAGGGCCACGGAGGAGGGGGAGGAUUCGGCUUCAUCCCGAUCCCGAUGGGCGGUGGUGGUGGGCAUGGAGGAGGCGGGCACGGAGGAGGUGAGCAUCAUGAGGGGAGCAGUAGUGCCAGCAGCAGGAGCUCCGUGAGCAGCGCGUCUUCUGUCUCGUCGGCUAGCGACGCCGGAUCUGGUGGUUCGUGA